CGGAAGUCCACGAUGGAACCGGAUUCGCGAUGGUCCCAGGCACCGUUAAUAAGGCCAUUAAACUUGUCCAGAUCCUUGAGCCACACCACCUGGCCAGGGUGCUAAAUGGUGGCUCGCCAGGGCCUGUCUGUUAGCACGCCGGGCGGGAUGCCUAGAGGUUUCUAACAGUGGGCCCCGGUCAGUUGCGAUUUCAUUCCUGUCCGCUUUAUUACCCGUGGAGAGGCGUACCUGAGACGUAGCCCGACGGCUCGAUCUGUACGGACACUGAUUUGGGAGGAGCCCGGCCUAACACCAUUCCAUUCCUUCCUUCCUUCAAUCCUUUGUUCAGUCGAGUCCACGACGGAUUCGUCCAUCACGGUCACCAACGCCUACCAGCCCAUCCUCGCCUGCAGACCGACUAAACUCUCCCUCUGCAACAUUAGCUCAAUCACCUUCGACGAGAGGAUACAAAAAGAAAAAAAAAAAAAAGCAACCAUGAGGCCCAUGAACUUUGAUACGGCAUCUAAUGCCAAAUUUCUACAAGACCAGCUCUUCUUUCUCGACAUCCCUCUCGCCGCCGCUCGCUAUAUGCGCAAGCUUGUCAACUUUGCUGGCAACAUCAACAUCAGAAGCCAAGGCGGGCUUGCCCUCCCAGCCGAGCUCUGGUACAUGAUUCUGGAAGAGAUGGAAGAGGAAGCGGAACGCAACCCCCCCCGGUUCUGCUUCGCCAAGGCGACCAUAGUGCCAUCUCUGUCCUCGCCAACCGAAACAAUCCUCCGCUGCGUGCGACACGAGUUCGACUUGCAGGUCCCUGGAAGAUCAGACUUGGAAUACGCACUUGCAGGCAAUCUACGGAACCCGGCCAGCAUCGCCCACUUCGAGUACUUCCUUCAAAAUGCCACGCCCGAAGUGGCCGCUAAAAUUAACGAGGCUAGCGACAAAGUGCUUGCCAAAUUGGAGGACGAAUACGAGCCAAUACACGAGUCUAUCGCCAAGAUCCCGAAGCUAAACAAGCUGUCUAGUCUAGGGAAUGUGUUUUAUAUCUUGCAGGCCCAAGACGCGCCGCAGGAGAAGAAAUCGGGUCUGUACUAUGAUAUUGAUGUUCCGGACGUCAUCGCCCGGAUCGACCGGGGUUCAUGCUGGGUGUGCUCCGGCAGGUUCAUAGGAUGUAUUGGCGGCCGAUGCGCGGGGCUUGCCAUGGAGAUGUUUGGUUUUGAUCGUGAACAGCUUGGGUGUGGCUUCUCUCUCGUCUGUCCACUGUGUGUGGGGAUUGAUCUUUCUGAUGAUCACUUAGACUCGUUGCAUCGGCAGGAGCGCAUCGGAGAGAGUGAUGAAGAAAUAGAGCAGCGCAUUAAAGCACGACUGAGCGAACUCGGAUACAACUAGGACCCAGAGUUCUACUGAACUAGCCUAUAAGCUCCCUUUUCUUCUUACACAGGGUUCACAGCAUUCUCUAUUAGAUACGCGCUUAGGCCUGUGGCGGAGACAUGGUGCAAAGGAUUCAGGAUUUUCAAGGAUCAGGAGUUGAAAGCCUAGUAUCUUACCUCUAUCUUCGCCUGCGAAAGACGUCUUGGACCAGGCUCACAAAACCGACUUGAUAUGUGAAUUUGGCAGGGGAUAACUCGAUGUAAAUGCC